AUGCAACAGCAGCAAGACCCACUUGUACGCAUCAAAACAAUCAUGUACACGCGCAGGCCCCGCAUCCUUGAGUUCCUCCAAGAUUUUGAUAAAUUGCGCAGGGGUUUUGUGUCCGUGGAUCAGUUCUUUCGGGCUUUAGAAUCGAUGGGUCUUAUUUUCACCGAUAGCGAACGCUACUAUUUAGAGCAGAAGUAUGCGACUGCCACAUACCCACGGGAGAUCUGUUAUCAAGACGUGGUUGAUGAACUUGAGACGCCUCUCUUAGACCCUUCUCUGGCACCCAAAGGCUCUCUCGCGGGAACUACUGCCGUCUAUUCCACGCUAGUCGUUCCGGAUUUGGAGCUAGACCACUUGACUCCCGAGGAGGACCGCCAGUGCAGAGAGCUUCUGGAGCAGCUGCGGCACUGGGUCCACUGCAGACCCAUCAUUGGGAAACUAUUCUACCAAGAUUUUGACUUGCAUAAGACAGGGCUUGUGACCGCCAAUCAGUUCAUGCGCGGUACAUCAAAUAUGUGGGAGGCCCUUAUACGUAAGUUCCCCACGAAGGAGCAGCUUGAGCUCCUAGCAAAGGCCUUUAAAGCAAAACGACUGGUCGAGUUUCCCACAACCACCCAAACGGAGACUGAGGAUGUCAGAAAAGAGUUUUCCGAUUCCCAUAAAUCUGUGGAGACUAUUUGUGAUUACAGAAUCUUUGUCUCUGCCAUCAAUGCAGACGAGGGGGAUCUGAUGCUGGAUGCUAAAGCUGCGUCUCGUCCCUUCGACAAGGGGUUUGCAAAAUAUUUUGACGGAACUGGUCGGCCAGAUUUCGUCGGAAACACUGGGCUCAAGAGAGUGUUGGAUGCGUGGCUCAAGUUUCGCCCAGACUUUAAAACAUUUCUCUUGGCCCGUGAUACAAUGAAUAGAGGGACUCUUCCGUAUCGUGACUUCUGCUCUGCCUUAGCCUCUGCCCUGACCGACUCUGGGCGGUCGAACGUGGAGUUUGUGGACAUCGAGGAAGCUGCAAAGCAGUUCUUAGUUAGUGAUCCUCUUAACACAUCAGACCCAGAGGGCCUUCCUGUUAACUACCGUAGCUUUUUGGCAGCUAUCCAGAAUGCAACCCUCGACGCCCCCUCCAAGUCUACAAUGUCAGAGGCUAUUAACACAUUUGUUUCCAACGCAGGACACCACUUUGACAAAACCAACACCGCAAAUUUACCUGUACCGAGAGAGAAAGCAUUUACGUUUAACAGCAAACCUAUCGAUUAUGAUCUUGUUAGGAAGUUGCAGGCAUACUUACAUGCACAUCCUGCUCCUCUCCUGCAGCAUUUUUCUAUAUUUGAUAAAAGACAUACGGGUGUGAUAACGUCUCAUCAGUUCAAGCAAGCUCUAUCGGGGAUAGUUUCCAUAACUCCAGAAAGCUACACACCCUCCUGCAUCCCUGUGGACACCAAGGUUCGUACUUCUCCAUUCAUCAGAAAGAACAACGGUCUGACAGAUGCGGAACUAGAGAGGCUUGCAGAGAUGUUUGCCUCUUCCACUGUUUCUGGACGGGGUACAGUGGAGCAGCCGCCGAGCACACCAGCUGUCUUGGCAAAGGGAGGCCUCUAUGUUAAUUAUAAUAACUUUAUAGACUUCAUUUCGAAUCGCUGCGAUGACAUAAUUCCCGAUCGUGAGGCUGUUAGGCGGCCACAUGAUAUCAAUGAUUACCUACUCCCCCACCCAGAUGACGUCGUUUACAAGAUUGCGAAUUCCUUGCAGGUCCGCAACCUGAAGAUUGCAGAUUUCCUUGCGUUAGGUGAAUUUGGUGACGCUCUGCGACCAAAGUCUAUUAUUGGCUGUGUCAAUCUUCGCAACAUUCAGCGGUCUUUGUCCUAUAGUCUCGAUAUAACCCUCACAGAUGCUGAGAUGCUUUCCCUGGGAUAUGCCUUUCCAAAUCCGAUAGACGAGACAAAGACGUUAGCCUAUAUGUAUCCAGCGUCACUUGUUGAACAUGAUGUUACCAACCCGUCCACACAGGCAACUUACAGCACUCCAUAUCCUAGUAGAAUCUUGCGCAAGAAUUUGGACUUAGACCGUAUAACAAAUAGCAUUGAUCAUGCGGAGCUAUGCACAGGCAAGUUAGUCGCAGAUAUUCAGAAGGCAUUUGACGCGUGGAAGCCAACGCGUAUGACAGGAACCUCCUACAAGGUAAAACCCAGUCUGGAUUCGACCACAAGAACAGACCCUGCAGCAGUCAACGAUAUUUUCAACAACGUGUCUGCUUCAAACAAGCAGUACGACAACAUUGGUGACUGUAGCGAAUUCAAAAAUCUGAAUGACAACGAGCGGGUAACCAUCAAGGGUCAAUGGUUCUCGAUUGGAGACCUCAAGCGCUUCUCCCUUCAGGUAAAGAACGGGGAAGUGGACCUACAAACGACAUGUCAAGGAACGAUGUCGUUCUCUCAAGCCGUGUCUUCAGUGACAUCUGAUAACAAUGAAAGGCUUUUCAUGCUGGUGCAAAGAGCAAGUCCAAUCAUCCUCUCGAUUUAUAUAGACUUUCACCAGCGGGCUGGCAGACCUUUGGAUGCCUUCCGAGAGUUUGACAAGUUACGCACGGGAUUUGUCAGCAAAGAUAACUUUGCCAGGGCCUUCGUUAUUGCUAACAUGGAGAAGAUCACUGAUGCUUACCCGCUGUCGUUUAAGUUUCUUAUGGAGCUUUAUACGUGUGUUGACAGUUCAUCGAUUUAUCUGGGCAUGGUUGAUUAUGCCUUUUUCCUCAGAGAUCUCUCCCUCCCCCCAGACUCGUCAAUAUUCCUCUCCCCAGAAGAAGCCAUCGAGCUAAAGAGACUGAAGUAUGGUGAACAGGAACGUCCGAAGAAGGAGGACUAUGCGACUGUCAAGAGGGAAUUCGCUAACGCAGCAAAUAAGCAAAAGUACGAUGCAAGUCUUCAGGGAAUUUUGGAGCAAUUGGGUGAGGUCUGUAGAAACUAUCGCCCCCAGGUUCGGAGCUACUUCGUCAAUUUCGAUAAGGGUCGCAUGGGAAUCUGUGAGAUGUCCAAGCUUGGAAGUGCUCUUACAUUUAUGCACGCAAAUCUUAAUCAAAGCCAAGUUGCCACACUCCAGGACUAUUAUAAAACGGACCGGGUCGGGUUCACAAGCGGAUUUAAGUGGAAGGACUUUGUGACAGACCUAGAGAGUGUUCUCCAAUAUCGUUUAUAG